AUGACAAAAUGGGCGAAAUUCUUACUUUGUCUGGUGAUAUUCCAUGAUGUUUUCAGCGUUCAUUACUGGAAAAUCAGCGAUGACAAGAAGAAAAUCGAAGCUGUGCCAGACUCGCCAUACACAUUAGCUUAUCCUGGAUCGUUGGUGGAUUUUCUGCGGCAAGUGGAUAGCGUAAAGAAAUUCGGCAAAACCUAUGUUGAACUGAGUAAUGUGCUUAAAUUCGAUAAAUGCUCGGGAAAGCUCGAGAUGACCCGGAAAUCGAAAAACGUCUACAAGCUGAAAUUGGUCGGCAGUGUCGGACUGGAUCGGAGUAACUUCAAAACUUCCUACUCUGCUGAGCUAUGUCCUGACUUUCAUAAAUAUUACGAAAGGUAUACGGCUUUUGUAAAGGAGUAUUUCGAUAUGGCACCUGAUGACGAAAAGCUUCUACCACGAUGCCGCCAGUGGCAUCAAGAAAGCCAAUUAAAAGGCCUUCCGAAGGAGGCGAACGAUCAGCAGCUGAAGACGCGAAUCCCUGAUUCGGACUAUGCUGAGAUUCUUAAAGGCUAUUUCCCACAUGUGAAGAAGCUCGUCUCGACGGCAUCACCAAGAUAUGGAGCGAUCAUCGCCAAAUUGUUGUCGCAUCAAUUCGAGACCAUCAGCGCUCAUCCAUAUUUACACUUGGCGGCAGCCGCGUACUGGCGUCAAGUCGGCGAUCUACACGAAGCGCUUAGUUGCUACAAAACAGCUGUGACUUAUGCAGAGAAAAUGGUAUCAAAAGGUGAAGAGGGCGGCCAGCUAAGCCUGGCGAUUGCCUAUUUAUGUUGCCGUCUGGCACACAUCUAUUCAAUAAAGUGGAGGCAGCGACGGCAGCGCCGAAUAGCCAUUUGGAGGCAUUCGUUCACGAUGGCCGAUCCAAACGGUCACAGUCCAUGCGUCUUUCUGAAGGCGCAAGCGGCAAUGGCCGAUGCGGCGUAUUUGAAGUUGGACGCUUCACGGGUCAAUGGCAUUCAAGUGGAGCAAGUAGCUGACUUUGCCCGUAUACUUGUCCCACCCAACGAUUCGAACUAUGUGGCUGAAUUGCUGAAGUUCCAUGAGGAAAACCUGGACCAUCUGGUUUCUGAGAAGUUGCGCUUCAAUGAUAUUUAUGGAGACCAGAUGAAAAUAGCCGACCAAAUACGUGAUCGAAUGGUAAACGAGAGAACACGACAAUCCCUUAUAUUGGAUCGAAUUUGUCGAGUGAUCAGUGCGAAACGGUUUCCGCGCUCUAAUCAUCCCGGCAAUUUGGUACCUACUUAUCACUGUGAAGUGACGGAUCCUGUAGCUUAUGAAGAGUCGAUGAUGCCGUUGAGGAAGGCAACAACGAAGAAUAGACCACCGUUGAAUGACACCGCAUGGAAUGUUGCUGAAGUGUUCGCCACCGACAAAAUAUUCGAAAAAAAGCAAAGGUCGCUACGUGGGAAAAUGCCGCUGGAACCUCAGAUGCCGAAGAAAUAUCCUUAUGACAGUGCAACAUGGUCAACAGUACGUGAUCGGUUUUGGCGCCGUGCGGAUUGGCCGUCAAGC